UCCACUGCAGAAGAAAAUGUUCUUCUGAGUCCAUUCUAUGUGAUGAAAGUAGUGAAGGAUGUUGAGAAGUGGUGGGGUGCAGGGUCACUAUCCAACUGGCUGUACAUACCCAAAGCUCACCAAAAUGAUAUCCGGGUCCAAUUUUCGGAUGUAAAGGAGCAGAAGAAUGAAGCUCUAUCAUACUGGAUCUACAAGGAUCCCCUAGCCAGCUGGAGGAGGCUUAUUGUUGCCCUGGAGAGGGCAGGGGAGUUUGAGAAGGCUGACUCAAUAAGAUCCAAUGCUGAACCCCUUACUGAUGUCAGCCUUACAACGCGAUCAGUCAUGCAGGCCUUAUCAUGUGUCACACAGUUUUGGGGUGGUGGAGUUGUUGAUUACCUUGGCCUCACGUGGUCAGUAAUGGAUCGCUUAAGGUAUGAAGGAGAAUACCCGUGUGAGCAGGCAAGGAAGGAGGCUGCUAUUGAAUACUGCCUGAAAACGCAACCUGGGAUGUCAUGGGGCAAGAUAGCUGGAGUGUUAUGGCAGCUGAAGGAGAAGAAGGCACUGGAGAAUGUCAGGAAAUACCUACCAUCCCCACAUGAUCUGAGGGUUACUCACCUGACACUCAGUGCAGAAGUUGAGUCUCGUCUGCCAGAGUCACUGUGGGAUCAGUUUUGUUGGAGGAUGAAUGUGCCAGAUUGCACACAGAACAUACUAUGAUCCCAGUACCCCA